AGGAGAGCUGCCGGGCGGGACAUCCGGCCCCGGUCCCUAGCCGAGCCCGCCCGCCGCCCGCCGUCCGCUCCGGCGCCUCCGCCUGGCAGCCGGUCACCCCUGCGCGCCGGGGCCUCCCGCCAGCGCUCCUCUCCCGGAUCCUCUCCCGGAGCUUGUGGCCCAAACCCUCAGCGCCCGCCCCCAGGCCAAGCCCCACUCCCAGCAGACAGCCCUCGGAUCCGCCCGGCUCGCGCAGGCCCCCACCUCCGGAGCACAAUGUUCCCCCGCCCGAUGACCCCGCUGGCGGCCCCAAAUGGCGCCGAGCCCCUGGGCCGGGCGGUGAGGCGGGCCCCACUGGGCAGAGCCCGGGCAGGACUAGGGGGCCCGCCUCUGCUGCUGCCGUCCAUGCUGAUGUUUGCGGUGAUCGUGGCCUCCAGCGGGCUGCUGCUCAUGAUAGAGCGGGGCAUCUUGGCUGAGAUGAAGCCCCUUCCCCUGCACCCUCCCAUUCGCGAGGGCUCGGCCUGGCGCGGGACAGUCUCCCGGACCGGGGGGCUGUCCUUGAAUGCCGAAGACUCAGACUUGCAGGUGAGGCAAGACAUCCGGAACCGGACCUUGCGGGCAGUGUGCGGACAACCAGGUAUGCCUCGGGACCCCUGGGACUUGCCGUUGGGGCAGCGGCGCACCUUGCUGCGCCACAUCCUCGUGAGUGACCGCUACCGCUUCCUCUAUUGCUACGUCCCCAAGGUGGCCUGCUCUAACUGGAAGCGGGUGCUGAAGGUGCUCGCUGGCGUGCUGGACAGCGUGGACGUCCGCCUCAAGAUGGAUCACCGUAAUGACCUGGUGUUCCUGGCAGACCUGCGGCCCGAGGAGAUUCGUUACCGCCUGCAGCACUACUUCAAGUUUCUGUUUGUGAGGGAUCCCUUGGAACGCCUUCUCUCGGCUUACCGCAACAAGUUUGGCGAGAUCCGAGAGUACCAGCAGCGCUAUGGGGCUGAGAUCGUGAGGCGGUACAGGGCGGGAGCGGGACCCAGCCCUGCGGGGGACGAUGUCACCUUCCCCGAGUUCCUGAGAUACUUAGUGGAUGAGGACCCUGAGCGCAUGAAUGAGCACUGGAUGCCCGUGUACCACCUGUGCCAGCCUUGUGCCGUGCACUAUGACUUCGUAGGAUUCUAUGAGAGGCUAGAGACUGAUGCCAACCAGGUGCUGGAGUGGGUGCGGGCACCACCCCAUGUCCGAUUCCCGGCUCGCCAGGCCUGGUACCGGCCUGCCAGCCGCGAAAGCCUGCACUAUCACCUCUGCAGUGCCCCACCGGCUCUGCUGCAGGACGUGCUGCCUAAGUAUAUCCUGGACUUUUCCCUCUUUGCCUACCCACUGCCUAAUGUCACCAGGGAAGCCUGUCACCAGUGACCAUGGGUAUGAGCCAGCAGCUGUUGGGGACUGGUUUUGACAAUGCCAGCUCCUUCCUUGUGCCUGCCAUCUAGAGAAACCCUGGUGCUGAAGCCUGGAGUUUGUCCAGAUGUCUGCCCUCAGAAGUUCCUUACCCUGGGUGGGUGCCCACAGUAGCUCAGAAGACAGGGUUGGACAGGAAUCCUGGUGAUCCCCAUUGGGAUUUCUUGGGGACCAGUGUGAUCGUUCUUGCCCUGGCAGAGCCAGAUGUCAGUGAAGCAACACAUCUGUUCUUCAGACUGGUUCCAGGCCCCUGGCUGUAGGGAUUGUACAAUUCACUUGAUUCACCUUAACUUGCCAAACCCAGAGGUGGACCAUCAGGAACUAGGCCAGAACGGGGAGCAUACGGCUCUCAUCACCGCAUUCAUCUGCUCCAUGUGCCUCAGGGCUGGAUUUAGCAGUCCUGCCUUACAAAUGUACUUUGUGCCUUUCUGCUUCAGACUCAGAAUUUCCUACACUUGCCAGGUUCUUUCCAUUUUUCCAAGGAAAGGAAAACUGAGUCAGGACCCUUGCCUGGUAGGUUAUUACCAGGUCCUGUAGGCAUCCAAAGACCCCUGUGCCCAGCCUCUUGGGGCUCUGGGAACCUCCUCCCCCAAAAUUGUGGCUGUGGCAGGUGUUUCUGGCUGCCACGUUUCUGACACAUUUAUUUAAAAUUUGUAUUUUUUGAAAGAACCCUUAUGAAGGCUUUGUUUCCUAAUAGCCAAAUUUUUAAUAAAGCUGUUUUGUAUACGAA